GUUGAAUGCAAAGACGAAGAACAGGCGAAGCACUGAUCCUGCCUCUAUACUACAUCUGAGUUUCAGACUGCGAUGCUGCCUGUCCAAGGAUCCUGCGCUGCUUAGUAUUUCUUCUGCAUUUGUAGGAAUGUCCGUUUGCGCUUUUACGCAAAGGAUGCCUUAAAACAUUUUAAUCCAAAUAAUCUUAUUGCAUGGAUUAUCGCGGCAAAUUCCUCCUGUAGCGUGUCACAAUCUAAUAUAUUAGGGGAUUUUGGCAAAUUGUUCAUUUUAUAAAGCCGUCGUUUAGAAAUCGCAUAGGUUUUCAACAAAUGAGAGCGCUUUACGCAUCGGAUUCUUCUCACGCAAGUGACCGAUUUGUGCCUGUGGAUCUCUCACUUGUAGAGACACCCCGGUUAUAAAAUCAGAUUUUUACCGGUGGACUCGUUUUGCACCGCCAUGGAUACAACUAUGUGGAGUUAUUUAUUUGCACUUUUCGUAGUGCUUUGUCGAGUCAGAAUGGCACGGUCUGCAGUAUUAGAAUCGAUAUACUGGAAUACGUCGAACACCAAGUUCGUCCCAGGAAAGGGUUUAGUGCUGUACCCCCAGAUCGGGGACAAAAUGGACAUUGUGUGUCCGCGAAUCAAGACAGGCACCGCUGAGCAGACGAACAUCGAAUACUUCCGGGUCUAUCUUGUUACCAAAGAGCAACUGGAGAGCUGUCGGGUCGCUAAGGGCGACAUGGCGCUGCUCAACUGUGACAAGCCCGACCAGGACGUGAAGUUCACCUUCAAGUUUCAAGAGUUCAGUCCCAACCUGUGGGGCCUGGAGUUUCUGAAAGGGAAAGACUAUCACAUCAUCUCCACAUCAAACAGUACCCUGGGAGGACUGGACAACCAUGAUGGGGGCGUUUGCAAGACCAAAUCCAUGAAGCUGACUCUGAGAGUUGGACAGAGUCCAACAGAUUCAUACUCGGCGAAAAACUAUCCCACGAGACAUCCCCCAAAAUACCCAGACAGUGAGGACCAAAACAACUUUAGCAAAGAAAAUGAUGUCGUCAGCAAAGUUGACUCAGUACCUAAUGGGGAGGCCGGGGGCAAGAGCGGGGAGUCCGUGGGGUCCGCCGGUUCGGAUGUGGCUUUGUUUGCCGGCGUAGCAUCUGGUGCCGUGAUCUUCAUCGUCAUCAUCGUCGCUCUGGUUGCGCUCCUUCAUCGGCGGCAUCAGAAACACUCCGCACAAUGCUCAGGCCCGUUACCGUUAAACACGUUGCCCAAACGCGGCAGCGGGGCCAGCGGAGGAAGCAACAACAACGGCUCCGAGCCGAGCGACAUCAUCUUUCCCCUGCGGACCUCUGGAAGCAUGUACUGUCCUCACUACGAGAAGGUCAGCGGUGACUACGGUCACCCCGUCUACAUCGUCCAGGAGAUGCCACCGCAAAACCCUGCAAAUAUUUACUAUAAAGUUUGACGUGACAUUGUAAAUGAUCGGAGGACGCAGAACAGCGUCGGGUGAAAAGCUGAACAGUGAACGAUGGACGUCUGUUUUGCGAUGCCCGAUUUGUUCAGCGCUUGAAGUGCGAGACGAACUUGUUGGUUUCAAGGCUUCGUUCUGGAUUAAGUGGAAAUUUGUUCUUCUUAAAUGUGGAUCUGAGAAAACUGAGUGACUUUUAAAAACUUGAGCGAUGUCGCAGAUGAAUGAGCAGUGCUUCAGAAAAUCUCAGACAAGAUGAAACCGAGCAGUACGUGAAGAGCGAGGACACCGAGGAGUCUCAUUAUGUUAUGAACGAUUUUUAAUUUAUUGUUUUGGUUUGUUUUUAUGUUUCGUAACUCAUAGUUCAGAAUAAAACUGGACAGGAAGUCAACUCGGUUCUUUUACCUUGAAAACGUUCAGUACGUUUCUGUCAAUCCAAUAAAAGUCCGAUUGCAUCCCAAAGAUGGCCUGUCGGAUGCGUAUUCCUUAUCAGUGUUUUUCCAGCCCUCAUGCAGUUUCAACCAAGCGUUUGCCCGUGUGGUCCUCAAAACGCAUGUGGUUCUUCUUUGGCUCAUGACUUUUUAAACAUUUAUUCACAGCAACAAACAAACAAAACCGAAGCUCAACAUGAAGAAAGUCCCUUUGUUGACUUGUUAAUGUAAAUACAAUACCCUGGCAUUUAAAUUAUGCUUUAAGUUAUGUUUUUGUACGUAUUGAAAUACCGUUCGCCAAUUUUCCACAAUACGAACGCUGUCUCUUUAAAAAAAAUCACUUGAUUAAACCAGAAGCUUCUUAUUGCAGUUACACACCGAUAUUGCGAACACAUGAUCAACAUGUUCGUUUUUUUCAAAUCUUGCCAUUGUUAGACUUGUUUGUUGAUUCUAGAUGAUAGUGUUUUGAGGAAAAAUGUCACAUUCCAGAUGGCUGACAAGGUUAAACGAAACGAUUCACCGCGGUCGCUGGUGCUGCUCUUUCAAGACUUUUUUGUGGAUGAAUGAAUGAACGAAUGAAAAGUACACAAAGUUGUUUUCUAUUGUUGAAAUAAACUGUGGCCUCGAAA